GGCGCGGCCGGGCCCGCCCCUCGGUGUGCGAGGAGGAGCCGGGAGAGCAGCGGGCUUCGCCGGGGAUUUCCAGCCUGAGCGGGCGGGAGAGGAAGUGCGGGGCGGGGGGAGACGGCGCAGAGCGGCAGGGACUUUCCGUCGGGCUGGCGGUCGCCUUCGCCGGGCUCCGGCUGCCGCCCGCCGCCCCGCUCCCCUCACACGCUCGCAGGCAGGGGCCGAGCGCGCUUCGCCCGCAGCCUGUUGCCGGGACCUCGGCGGCGGCGGGUGCCCGGGCACAGAUCAGCCUCCGGCGGCGGCGGCGGCGGCUGCGUGGACUCUGCCUGCCCGGACGCCCUCGUACUCCAGGGUCUUGCAGAUGAACCUAUGACUGACUCAUAAUCUGAGAACUGCAGUGGCUUGUGAAAUAGGAAGCAGGAAGGCCUGAGUGCUUAGGCUUUAACAGAAUCAAGACCAGCUUUCAACAGUGGGAGGCAAUAUAUUAAUCCAUUGGAAGCACAGACUGCAGUCUUGUGUAUCACUGUGGUUUGUGUUGUGACUUUUUUUUUUUCUUGUAAACAGUUCCCAACUUAAGACUGAAGUCCUGUUAUACAAGGUAAUACGUAUACAAGUAUAUGAAGAGAUGGGAGCUUGGUAGGUGUCCAGGUAAGAUGAGAGAAAGGAAGCAUUAUACCUCUUCAGCGAAGGAGAAUAAAAAUGUACAGAAGUGCUCUAAGACAUGCAGAAAGUAUGUGAUAGUUCUCAGUUUGUCCUAUUUCAAAGCCAACAGCCAUUUCCCUUUUCAAGCCCGCUAUUGUAUUUUUUUAAUGUAGUACUUAACAUUUAGUUAACAAACUCAGGAAGAGAUUCUAAACUGAAGAUGACCUUUAGCAUUAAAGACAUUCUUUUUAGUGGAAACAAGCUAAAAUAAAACUAACUAAAACCUUGUUAGGGGUCCUAAACUAGGUAUAUGUUGUCCAUUGCAGAAAAGAGAGGAAAAAAGAAAAGAGAAAUGAGAGGUGGGGAGCGGAAGUAAAGCUACUGUCCUAGUGCGUGGCAAUUUAGCAGUCCCUCUGAACAGUAAGAAGUGACCUGUGCAUUGCUGUGAGAAAUCUUUCUUUCAUCUGUGAGUGGGGGAAUGGGUAGUAGAUAUGCUGAUUUUUACCUGUGAGUCUACCUAGGUUGCCUGUUACUCUUUCUUUAAAAAGGUCGAUGUAUACACUAUCAAAAAUAUGCCACCAAAACCAGCUAGGCUUUUCAUUGCUGUGAGCCAGAAGCCAAAAGGAUAUGUGUUCCUCCAAACUCUUUCCCAUUUCCUUUCUACUCAUCCCCAAAUAACCUGCUUUGGAUGGUAGCUACUUUCUUCUGGAGAGGAGAAGGACAUGGUGAGGGGAGGUGCAAUAGAUGCUGAAGAGCUAUUGAAGGUUUCUGAGCUUUGGAUAUCAUUGCUAGCAUGGGUUCAGCCUCACCUAAUGUCCCAGGGAGGCCGAAACAGAAAAGACUGAGCAGGAUCCUCCCCCAAGGAGGACAGGAAUCUCAAGGAACAAUAGUUGCUGAUGGUAGGCAGCUGGGCUGCUAUGGGCUGAAAGACCUGGCCUUGAGCCUUGCUCUGUAGGAUGCAAAAGGAAGGAGAGGUUAAAGCAGUAAUGAGAGUAUUGUUGCAAAUGAGCUAACAACUGGCCGAUUGAUGCUGAGACUGUCAUUGUUGCUCCUAAAUGCAGCUGGGGAGGAUGAAGGGGUGGGGGGAGAAGCUAAACCAACGUUCUCUGUUAAAGUGAGUACAAAUUAGGCCUUCAGUUUCUAAAACUUCUUUAAUACUGUGAUGUAUUCUUUAGCUGCUGUUGUGGAACACUUUAAAAAAAAAAAAAAAAAAAAAAUCACAAAUGCCCCUGCUGGGCAGAGGGCACAAAUGUCACUGGGUAAUCAUAGCAAUUUUAAUUGUGUAGGGAAAGCAUCCAAGUGUUAAAAUAGUUAAUUGACUAAACUCCCUGAUUCAAGCAAGAAAAACAAAAAAAACCCACCAAAACCUUGGACUUUUUUGCCUUAUUUUUUAAGCACAUUUAAAUUUGAAACUAUAAAUGGAUUUUAAAAUGUUAAAGUUGUUUAUUUAGUGACUUAAAUGUUUAUAUAGCUAUUUUAAAAUUUAAUUUUGUUGUAAUUUCCUCUGUUUUGCUGUAAAUUCAAAAUUUAUCCUAUGAAAAAUAGAGGAAAAGAGAUGCAGGAACAUGAGAAGCAGAACAGUAGAGAGAAUCCUAGAGAUUCCACAGAGCUUUGCGGUUUGUUCCAUUGAACCACAUCUGAUACGAUGUGAUGUGACUUGAGCAAACUUUACUGUAGCUUGUUUCUUUCCUGGGCUCUUUCAAUGCUCCCCUGGUUGCAUAGCCUUCAGAAAGAUUGCAGUGCAGUAACUGGUAACAGUUAUUAGUAGGAGGGGAAACUCAAGCUGUGGUGACUCUCCUCUUGCUAAGUUGUGUUACUGAGAUCUGCGUUUUGGAGUAGGAGAUGAUGAAUAGAUGCCCUCAUGUUCCAAAUUCUGAGAUUUGGUUGUUUGCAGAAAAGCACUUGGAUAAGUCUUCAUUAGGUGUUCCUAGCGGCUGCAUGUUGUGCAGCACAGCCGCUGAAUUUAUUGAUGCAGUGUUGUUUUCCUUGAUAUGAAAAACUUGCAGUUUGUGCCUAAUACUUUGUUUUUAAUUCUCUGUGCUCAGACAGUGGAGAAUAAGAGUUCUGUGCAGGAUGACAUCUGGGAAUACACUGCCAAGGUGAGCCCUUGGUGCCAGUCUGCUUAGUGUCAUUUGGGAACGUCGUUGCUGUGGCACUACGGAAUAGCCAGUCAGAUUUUUCAGAGUACACUGACGCUUUUAGACUCCGUGAUAGGUGGACACAAACUUAAUUGACGUGAGUUGAGAGACUAAAGGACAAAGAGAGAAACUGUGCAAACUAUAGCAAAGCUGCUCUUAUUGUCAAGAGUAAAGAGAACAUUUACAAGGCAUUGAGAAGGCCCAUUCUCCUCUCUCCUCAAGCUGCAGAUCAAAUGAGAUUCAAAUAAAAUAAAGGAAAUAAAUUAUCCUAGAGCAUGGACGCCAGUAAAAAGACAGAACCCCCUUUAUCUGUAGAAAUGGUACAACAAAGGGCCAAUCCUGAUCGCAGUCCUUCAGCAUCAAUUUAUGUUCCAGAACAAGGCGGCUACAAAGAGAAAUUUGUAAAUGCAGUGGAGGAUAAGUAUAAAUGUGAAAAAUGUCAUCUCAUUUUAUGCAAUCCUAAACAGACUGAAUGUGGACACAGAUACUGUGAGACCUGCAUGAAUGCCUUGUUAAGUUCCUCUACUCCAAAAUGUACUGCGUGUCAAGAAAGCAUAGUAAAAGAUAAGGUAUUUAAGGAUAAUUGUUGCAGGAGAGAACUACUUGCCCUUCAGAUAUACUGCAGAAAUGAAAACAAGGGCUGUAAAGAACAACUAUCUUUGGGUCAAUUACUGACGCAUUUGAAAACUGACUGUCAGUUUGAAGAACUUCCGUGUCCUCGUGCUGAUUGCAAAGAAAAAAUACUGAGAAAAGACUUGCCAGACCAUGUAGAGAAGACCUGCAAAUACCGGGAGACAACUUGUAAAUACUGUAAAAGCCAAGUCCCAAUGAUUACGUUGCAGAAACACGAAGAUGCAGACUGCCCGUGCGUCAUGGUUUCAUGUCCUCAUAAAUGUAGUGUUAAAACACUCAUGAGGAGCAAGUUGAAUGCACAUUUGUCAGAAUGUAUUAAUGCCCCAAGUACCUGUAGUUUUAAGCGUUAUGGCUGCACUUUUCAGGGAACAAACCAACAAAUUAAAGCACAUGAAGCCAGCUCAGCAGUGCAGCAUGUUAACUUAUUGAAAGAGUGGAGCAAUGCUCUAGAAAAUAAGGUGGCCUUGCUCCAGAAUGAAAGUUUGGAAAAGAACAAGAGUAUACAAACUUUACAUAAUCAGAUUUGUAGCUUUGAAAUAGAAAUUGAAAGACAGAAGGAAAUGCUGCGGAAUAAUGAAUCUAAAAUACUUCAUUUACAGCGAGUGAUAGACAGUCAAGCAGAGAAGCUGAAAGAACUGGACAAAGAAAUCCGUCCCUUCCGACAGAACUGGGAGGAGGCUGACAGCAUGAAGAGCAGCGUAGAAUCCCUCCAGAACAGAGUGACUGAGCUGGAAAGCGUUGAUAAAACUGCAGGGCAAGGAGCUCGAAACACAAGCCUGCUAGAGACCCAGCUGAGCAGACAUGAUCAGAUGCUGAGUGUUCAUGAUAUUCGGCUGGCUGACAUGGACCUCAGAUUCCAAGUUUUAGAAACUGCCAGUUACAACGGAGUAUUGAUUUGGAAAAUUCGAGAUUAUAAACGUCGGAAGCAAGAGGCAGUCAUGGGGAAGACUCUGUCCUUGUACAGCCAGCCCUUUUAUACUGGAUACUUUGGCUACAAGAUGUGCGCCAGAGUUUACCUUAAUGGAGAUGGCAUGGGAAAAGGGACGCACUUGUCGCUGUUUUUUGUCAUAAUGCGUGGAGAGUACGAUGCAUUGCUUCCUUGGCCGUUUAAACAGAAAGUGACUCUUAUGCUAAUGGAUCAGGGACCGUCUCGACGCCACUUAGGAGAUGCCUUCAAGCCAGAUCCAAACAGCAGCAGCUUCAAGAAGCCAACUGGAGAAAUGAACAUUGCAUCUGGCUGUCCAGUCUUUGUGGCUCAAACUGUUCUAGAGAAUGGAACGUAUAUUAAAGAUGAUACUAUUUUUAUUAAAGUCAUAGUGGAUACAUCUGAUCUACCAGACCCCUGACAUACAGUGGGGGAGGCAGAUUAAACAGAAGACAACUCCAUUUGGGGGUUUUAUAUCAGUUUGUCUUCAGUCAGAGGUCCUAAAGCUCACAGAACCACCUUGUGGAACAGAAGGAAGAGUUUGAAGGCAUAACUGCAUAGGGUCCAAUUGCGAAAGUAGCAACACAUUAAGAAAUCAUACCAUGGUAUAUUUUUUAAUAGAACUAGAAACACUUAAGCUCUGAAGAAUCAUUAAUCCCUCAUGAGGAUAAUGAUUAUGGUCAGAGGGGAUUUUCUUUUUUAACUUAUUAAUGAUCAAUAGUCAAUUGGAGGUGAAAAGACAUAUACAGUAUGUGCUGAAUAAAUUACUGACUUUUAUUCCUUUAAGCUAGAAUUCAAAAAAAAAAAAAAAGUUCACAUGUGGGCUAGCUGGAAAUUGUCAGCAUGUUAAAAGAAGAAAUGAUGAAGUAAUGUUGCAAUUAUGAUAUUAUUUGAAAAACUGAGGUGCAAUCUUGUCUGAAAUAUAGUAUAUUGUCUUUUUAAGGCCUCAUCUGGUCUCUGUUUUAAUAAUUACUUUGUUAGAAGAUCUUGGAAAAGUAUCCAUGUCUUCUCAAAAGUAUCUGAAUCAAAAUCAUAUUUUUAUUUAAAGUUCUAUUGUUACAGGAAACAUUUUAUUUUAAAACUGUUGAUAGACUGAUAUUUCUUGGAAGAAAAAUAGAAGAUAUCAAACACUGGUUAUCACUUGUGAUAGGAAAAAAAACUAUUCAAUUCUGUUAUUUCUCGUUAGAAAUGUAAACCUACAAUAUAUGUCGUAGUUAAUGACACUAUUUCAAAAUUAAGGAAAAAUCACUCAUGGAUGCUGUGCAUCAUUAUCAGAUUUAUAAUUGUUUUCACCCUAAAAUAGGGCAUUUGUUGAACUUUGGAGUUCUAAACGGAAUCCUGUACAUUUUUUAAAGUUCUGCCCCAUGCUUUCCAAUCAAGCUAUAUAUGUUGCACAUUAUGCUGUCAGCAGUAUAUAGUAUUUUCAGUAUUGGGGAGGAGGAUUAGUGUUGAAAAGAAGCCUGUAUGUUUGUUCCGUACUAGCAACCAUUGCUUCUUAAGGACAAAUCAGCAAUGUCUUAAUGCAGUGAUGGUGGCUUGCAUGCAUACAUGUGCCUUAGAUGUGCUGUGCUGCUUAUAAACCAUAGCUUUUUAUUCAGAUUAAUUCUGAUAUCUGAAAUGGUAGUUUAAUUGGACGUCAGGCAUAAUGUUUAGCCUUAUCUUCAGAGCCCUUAGGUACCCUGUGAUGUGUAAAAUGGAAGCCAAAGUCCAUUUCUUCUGGUCACUGAAGCUUCUGUGGCUUGGCCAUGGCGAAAUCCAUCUUUAAUCAGGUGCCAAAAUGUUAUGCUCAGUGCUCCUAUGGAGCUUGGACUAGACAGUCUCCAUGGCCAGUGAGAAGGAAGGCAACAUUUUUCCUCUAAUGCCUGUGGUUGGAAAGUGGCAUCGCUUUAAACGGACUUGUGAGAAAUCUCUGGGGCUGUGAAUGUACACGCUCAUGGCAGCUUCUCAUAGCAGACAAGCAUCCUCACAGGGAAUGCACAGGCUUCCUUCUCGUAACAGCCUGAACUUCUGCGGAAAGCAUUUGCAAGCCCUGAAACAUGCUGAUUGCAACUGCUGUGUUCAUCUGCUUCUAUUUAAUAGUCUGUGACAAGCAAGUCUAGCGACAUACCCUGACUGUGGUGCUUUUUAAAAUCUGAGAACCGCUUAAGCAGAGCUGACUUGCACCACUGUGUUUCGCCUUCGUGGGCUUGAAAGAAGAUGGUGCACCCUAGUCUUUAAUAUCAGGUUGUGUCAGUUUCUGUUUUUUGAGGCAUAGUCACGAUUUUUGUCUAAGGUGCAGUUGAAUUCAUGCCUUUGUAUUUCAGCUUGUCUUUGCUGUUGUCUUUUUUGGCUGUGCCUUCACACACAGUGCCUGCAAGAAGUAUUUAUGAUUAUACAAUGCAUGCUAAGUGAUCUUCAUGGGUUUUCCAGGCACCUGCUAGAAUACUGCCUGCUACUGACAGUCAGAGCCAUCAGUAGCAACUUGUCUUCCUGUCUUGCCUUCCAUUGUCCAGGUACUGUAUUUCCUUUAUGGUACGUAGCUGUCAACCGGUGCAAGCUAAAAUAUGGAGGCAUGUGCUAGCACUUGACUUCUAGCACUGAAGGAGGACAUUCUGCACAAGAGAUAAGUAUCUAUAGAUAUACCCAUGUCUAUAUCUCUAGAUAUAAUUACAUGGCACUUGCAGUUUUAUGCAGGCUGCAUAAGUAAACCCAUCACUUAGGCUUUUGGGCGAAGGUUCGCUCAACUUGUGUCAUUUUAAUAAUUGUGAAUGUAGGCAGCUGAGCUUUUGUGUUUGUGCAUCACAGAAUUUUACUGAAAACAGGAUUCCCAAGUGGAAAUGUCCAAAGGACUCUCCUCCCAUUGCUAAUGCAUGUCUUGUAAACUUAAAUGUUUGGCCAUCUCAAAAGAGUUUAUAUCCUGUUUCAAUCUGGGACUUGGAGAUUUCUGGUAUAAGCAUGGCCCAGCAUAUUCUGCAGGUUUGUGACUGCAGUUUCCAGCUCCUGUGACAGAAUUGUGCUUCUAAAUCCGGGCCCUUUAAAAGAGGGGGAAAAAGAGUUUCCAGCCUUUAUGAUUGAAAGAGGACUUUGAAACAUGACAAAAGUGUAAACUAAUAGGGAAGUCUUCCUGAGUCUGCACACAGCCUAAACCAGUAGCUUUAAGAGAUCUGAAUAUCUCCCCUUAGUGGGAUAUUGACUCAGAAACUUCAUAGAGAAGUUUAAAUAUGAACACUGCUAACUAUAUUAAUGCCGAUCACUGUAGCAGAAACAUCAGUUGCUGUUCCUAUUUCGCAGAUCUCUAUGCUGCUUUCCACAUCUCCCAAGUGCCAAAAGCACCAGCUGCCAAAAUCUUCAGCUUCACUUGGGCAGCUUUUAUAAUGCAGUAAUGUGCUAUCAAUAUAAAAAUAUUUUUGCAUAUAUGCUUUUUAUCACAGUUAAUAAAACGGAGGCCUACUGCACUUAUUUUGUAAAACUACAUGGAGCUGCCAGAGAAUUUCCAGUUUGCCAACCCUGCGUACUGUGAAAUCCAGGAUCUUGCUACAAAAUGUAAACACCGCCUGCUGUGGAAUACCUGAAGCCUUGACUGUAACACCCCUUUUUCUGCAGAACUCGCAGACCAUCUCUGUACAGUUCUUACUGUGUACGUAGAAGUGGGUUUCCUUUCCUUUCCAGCAAGGAGUAUGUAGCAUUUUGUGAAAAUAGGGCCGCUGUAUAUUAUCUAAAUUGAAAAGAAAGAUACCUGGUGCUUUACAUGACACUUAAAUUAUUUAAACUUUUUCUGUCAUCACUGAAAUGCCCUUUUUUGUUUUCCCUUUUAUUCUGACCAGGUAUCCAAACUUUUGUAGGAACUGUCUACAUAAAAUGGUUCAUAGGGCAACAGUGUACCUCCAGAUAUGCUCUUGAAACCCGCUUAAGUUGUUUGGGGUGCCAUGAGUGUACGGGGGUCCCGGAGUACUUGCAUUACCAUGAAUAGGACUACUUCAGUGGAACUGUUUUUUCUUCUGCUUAGUAAUUAGCAGUGUACAGCUGAAGUCUGUUGCUGGUAUUCUUUCGUAGUGAUGACCCACCAAGUUACGUACAUGCCUCUCCAAUUUCCAGCUUUGUCUAGGGAGAUUCCAAGGUAUGAGAACCUGGAUGUUGCCCUUUUUGUACGCCGUUCAGUUCGGGGUGUGCGCAUCCUUUAUUUAGAAAGUCUCAAAUUCUUAACAGGAUGAAACUAUUUCAAUGUUUAAAGACCAACCCACAAUUAUUAUGCAUGACCAUGUCUGCAUUACUUCUCUGAUCUAAUUAAAGGGGUCUUGUUUCAGUUACUGUCUACAUGGUACACCUUCAUGACUUAAGUUGACUUAAGUCAACUGCUGACUUAUAUUAUGCAAUGUUGAUUUCAGCCUUGUACUGUAAAUGUUGUUCUUCACAAAGAGAAUGUGCAAUAGGAAAAUGGGAAGAGUGGCAUAAUUUUGAUGGAAAAAUGUUGUGGGUAACAUGCUAGUCAUCUUAUAAAUACAAAAUACAGUGUAAUUUACUUUUUCGGUGGGUUUUCCUAUGUGGAAAAGGAAAGUUUAAGAUAUGUGCCUGUUUCUGUGCCUGGUGAAUUUCUCAAAUGCAAAGAUAACAGAGAUCCGUGUUAGUUGUAAUUUAAGUGUUGAACCUAUGAAAUGUUAGGUUGUGACUGUAUUGUUCAUUUUUCUCAGCUUGCCACAAUUACGGGUUGUUAAAAGCUACCACCUAUCCGUAUCUGUAUUCCAUCAUGUGGAAUAGGCAUUUCACCAACAAUGCAGUGGUUGGGUUUGGGGUUGCUUUUUAUUGUUUGUUUAAUCUUUUUUAAUGUAAUGGUGCUGUUUGGUCUAAGACAGAGAAGCACCUAGAGAGUGACAUGAAAAGCUGUCUGCACCUCAGAAGAGUGAAAAAUGUUACUGCAGUAUUGAUGCCUUGAUACAUUUUAACUAUGCAAAUAUACAAAUAGGUGAGGCAGAAAAAUUCUUGGGUUGCAUACCUAGUCUCUUAUUUUUUGCUCUUUAAAAUACUCAUAUAUGUGCAGGUACAUACAUACACACACAUACACACAGACAUGCAUGCACAUAUAUAUGCAAAGUCAUGUCUUUACGUAGAAGUGAUGAAACAAAACUCUAUCCCCCAAGUUAUACUUGAUCAAGUGGUGCAAAUGUAACUUGCUGCUGCUAAGGGAGCAUCUUGGCUAAGAGCAAACUAGAUUCCCAUCCUCCAGGUUUGAAGACCUGUGCAUAUAUAGCAAAAAAGUCAUUUUAUCAAAUGGGAAAUGAACAGUUUGCUUAGCCUUUCUGAAGACCUUGGAAUGUCAUCUAGGACACAUGUCCUUCCUCAUAUUCAGCUAAUUAGGAGAUUCAUGUUUUUUAAACAAAUACAGUGAUGGCAUCUUGUUAAUUACAAAUUUAGUCUUUUAAAUUUGGGAACAAAAGAUGAUAAAAAGCAGCUGGACCUCUUCCUGGAAUUCCUAUUCUGUUCAGUCAAUACCUCCAUACUCUAUUUGAUCUAGAAACUAUAGCUACUGCAAUAAAAAUCAGUUCUGGAAUUCGGUCUGUCUGAAAAUAGUUUUAGUGCUGUGUACAAUGUAGUAACCACUUUGCAUCUGCAAACAUUUUCUUCUUAUAGUACUAUUUGUCUUUUCUGGAGGAAAUUGAGGUGGAGAAGUGAAACGGCUUGCCCAGAGUCACAAAAGGAGUCUUCUGGAGCCAGGGCUAAAAGAGAGGUUCCAGUUCCCUAGUCUUAUGUUCAAAUCACUAGUUUUACUCUUCUAAUAUAUUUGUCCCUUAAAGGAACUUGAAAAACAAGUUGACGUACCUUAAAGACCCAUGUCAAGACAGUAAGGGCUAGAAUUAAACACAGAAGCUGUCAUGAUUUGGGGUUGUACGUAUGUGGUGGCCCAGGCAUUGCUAACUACUUAGCUGUACCUCGCACAACUUGCAGAGUGGAAGGCCAGCACAAUGUGUCUACGUGAAUAAUAGCAGCAAAUGUUGGCGUCCUGCUCUGCUUGUUUAGAAUUGCCCAACGAAAUAAGUCUCUUCUUACACUGUUCUUAACAGAGUAGGGAGAACAAUACCAGUUUAAAGUGGAUUAAUCUUGGUUCUACCAGCUAUAGUGCAACAGACCUUUUCUUUCUUGUGUUUUUUUUUCUUUUCCUUAAACUGAAAUAUGGAGGGCUUAACUGCUCUUUCCUGCCUUUUAAUCCAGGCCUUUGCUGAGAAGCAACCAGAUAGAUGAGGGUAGUGGGAAGCUUUGGAACGCUGAUUCAGGGACAUCCUCUUAAGAUUUAGAAGAGCAGAGAUAUACAACACGUAAGGGAUCUGACUAUUCCUAUUUCUCUUCUAAUUUACGGGCAAGACUGCAGCUUUUGUCUUCCAUUUCAUGAUCUUAGUGUAGAUAAUAGGCUGUGUUUUUGUUGGUGGUGUGUGUGUUCUUUCCCCCCCCCCCCCCCCUCCAAGUUAGGAUUAGUUCCUUAGGGUUCAAAUAAGUUUUAAAUUUCACAGAGAAGCGCCUGAACCAAAAUCCUGGAUCCAAACAUCCCAGACUUGAUGUGAAAUUCAAAUCUGGAUCCUAACUCUGUGGCUUACUAACCUACCUAUUUAGGGAAGGGUUUGUUGCCUGUAUGUGGUGUUUGUGUUUUUGGUCCUUUGGAACUAAGCUUUUAAUUUGGUUGCCAGUUCUGCAAGGACUUUUUAACUUCUUAGCAAUGCCGGUGUUCACACGCUCCAUUGCUGGCAGUGUGAUGCGUAGUGAUAAAAUUUGACUCUGUCUAAGGGUUAUUGAGAUAAACCAGCAUUAUCAUUCGUAAAGGUCAUUUUCUUGCAUAGUGUUCUGAGCUUUGAACUUGAAUAUAGCUCGCAUUUGAAAGGACACAUCUUCCAACUAUGACCUGCGCCACUGGCAGAGAGUUGUAUAAUCUGUACUUGUGGAAUGGGAAGGUACAAGCUUCCAUUGUUGCUGAUGCAUCAUGUGAUCCACCUCUUUUGUUUUCUUGUAGCUGUUGUUUGAUUUAUAUAUUUUUUCAGUUUUAUAGAAAAAAAUAGGGGAAGUUCAGGAUUUUUUCUACAAGGUAUAAAACUCCAAUGACUUAGUGGUGACUAGAGAGCUGUGAAAAAUAUCCCAUUAGGAGAUGAUGGGCUAAACAUAGGUCCAUUUCUCUUAGACAAGUAGGAUAACCUUUAAGUUGCAUGGAACAACAUAAUAAUUGGGAAAACUAAAACUGACAUUUGUUUCCAAGAAAUUCUGUAAGAAAUAUCUAUGGAAAAGACAUCAGUGAUCAAGAAAAAUGUACAAAUUAAUGUGUUUAAAACUUGUGUAAGCAUUUCUUUAAUCUCAUACUCUUCAGUGAACGGUACACUUGUGUUCAGUUUAUGAUCAAAAACAAAGACCAAAGAAGGCCAACCUCAUUUGAUUGUGUAUAUUCUACCUGUCUUAAUUAUCAAUAGCUGUAAGAAUACAGUGCAAGUGAUCUGGUAACCAGUGGUUCUCGUCUUUUUUCUUUAUUUUUUUUUAGGGGAAAAAAUGACUUUAAAAUGUAUAAUUUAUUGCUCAGCAAUAACCAUGUUGUUAAAAUAAUAAUAAUAAAAAAAGAAUUAGCAACAUGUCUUAAUUUCUCAAUAGCAUUAUUAUAUGUUGUAUUUCAGUUUAUUGUAUAUUGUGUUUUUGUAUUUAUUUGUGUUUGGAGGUCUUGCUACGUCUUUUUGUGUUUAAAUGCUAGUAAACAAGGACAGUGUGUAAGAGUGUAGAAUGCAAAACUCUGAAAUGCUAAACUGUGUUAUUAAAGGAAAAAUAAAUCUAAGUAGGAAAUCAUAUUUUUUAAAAAAAACCUGUUGUGUUGAAUUUGAAUGACUGGUGUUUACUUGCAAACAGGAUAAAAAUGCAUCCUUUUGCUUCUGUGUGCUCACUGAUACGCCUGGCUCUUUAGUGCUUUACACUCAUGUGCACCUGAUAGACCUUUAUUUUCACACUUUGCCUUCCUAUUCACAGGAAACUUGCCUUAUGUUUUAACAGGAUUCUAGUUUCCACAUGAAGUCUUGGUUAGAAUAAACUGUCAAUGUCAAGAG